GAGGAUUACUUUUCACUGAAAAGAGCUAUAUCUAAAGAAUAGAAGCUUCGAUAGCGCUUAUUUCAAGUACAAAUAACUUGUUACAAAGCUUUGAAAUCUAAUAGGUACAGCUGGCCGCAUGCCUUGGUACUGCUUUCGGGACUUGAAAGCACAGCUGACGCAAAAAAUCAGUAUUGCAAAAGUCGACCAGCAGAGCUUCAGACAAAGGCAAACCAGAGAAGAGCAUGCCACUAACAUCCAAUGCCGCCAAUAGAAAGCCAAGCUUAGAAGGCUUCUCGGACAAGCAGCAUGCAGCUCUGAAACAAAAAAGUGCGGAUAUAGAUCGCGUUGAGGAUGAUAUAAAGACUAUAGUGAAACCUGUCGUUGACUCUUACCCAAGCUGGUCAGAACAUAUGACUCCUGGUACACUGCUAAUCUUCCAAGAUGACGAUAGUUGGAACAGACUAUCAAAGAAGAACAACUCGAAAAUUCUGUUAAAAGACAACCGCCCCAACUUUGAUGGCACAGAUCCAGAGUCUCUAAGGUCAAUUGAGAAUUCUUUGGUAUUUUCUUCGUCUGACGAAGAGAGUGAAACCGCUUCAUCGCCCUCUUACAACCCAUUAAGGUCCAGUGAUAUGAAGACAUACGGAGCUACGCCUAUAGAGGAGGAUAUAGUGGUUGUAAAGUGCAAAGUCUGCUCAAAGCCGAUCUUGGCUAGCAAUUUUACCCACCAUCAAGAGAUCUGCGAAAAGCUAAUUGAAGAAGCGUCCAUGGCUGAGACAUCGUCAAAUUUGAAGUUUUCACCAAAUUCAGAUGAUGAAAGUGUGAAAAGCAAUACACCACUCUAUAAAAAGUCCAAGAAAAAGCGUGAUUAUGAUGAGCCUGAUCGUGGCCAUCUCGGCAAAAAAGGCAGAAAAGGGAGCAUCACCUCUAUAAACUCACAGACAUCUGAAGGUACGCCGGUGCUACCCCGCAAACAGCUCCCCAAUAAUUCCGACAAACCAGACAAGAAGAAGAAAAAGGAAAAGCAAAUCAAAGUAAAGCCACCACCAAAAGAGAAGCCACCGUUGGACCUCGAUAAGCAGUGUGGCGUUAUAGCAGGUCCCAACAAUUUGCCCUGUGCAAGAUCUUUAACUUGCAAAACCCAUUCUAUGGGUGCUAAGCGAGCAGUUGUUGGUCGGUCACAACCAUACGACGUGCUUCUAGCAGCAUAUCAAAAGAAAUCAAUCGGCCGCCCUCAAAAUUCCUCAAGUUCACCACUAUUACAAAAGGCAAAUGCAACCACCCAUAAAUUACGUAUACAAAAGAAAGUCUUGACUGGUGCAUCGUCGUCUACUCCAGUACCUGAAGCGGAAAUUAUCGACUCUGACGAAGAAGUGGAAACCGUUAUGGAAGCCAUAAAAUCAUCUUGCCCUACUCCUUUGGCAGAAAUUCCACGACCUUUUAUGAGCCGACGUAAUCGAUGUGUGCGUUUACGUGAACUGUUGUUGGAUGCUAUUUCACCAAAAUCGAGCUUAACCGACAAUACUACACCAGUGCAAACCAGAUCAACUGCUAAUGCUGGCAUUAGCCAAUUAUCUGGAUACCCUUUGCAAAACACUACUGCAGUAUAUAAUAUAGCAAAUGGAAUGAAACUAUCUGAUACCUCAUUCCGAUUGCCCGAAAGUAGUCCAACCAAGCUUACUCUUAGAUAAUUUCUCCCUCAAUACAAUAAUGCUUUAAGCACCUGAUACAAAAA